CUAGGCUCCUGGAUUUGCGCAGCCGCAGAGCUCGGAGGCAGUGCCUGAUAGCCUUGGUGCUGCGCACUUGACAGCCAGUCCGCCUGUCCGGAGCCCGGUUCGUUGGGCAGCAUGGCGGGGUCGCCACUGCUCUGCGGGCCGAGGGCCGGGGGCGUCGGCCUUUUGGUGCUGCUGCUCCUCGGCCUUCUGCGGCUGCCCCCUACCCUGUCAGCGAGGCCUGUAAAGGAACCCCGCAGUCUGAGCGCAGCAUCUGCACCCUUGGCUGAGACUGGCACCCCCCGCCGCUUGCGUCGGGCUGUGGCCCGAGGAGAGGCGGCAGGGGCGGUGCAGGAGCUAGCGCGGGCGCUGGCGCACCUGCUGGAGGCCGAGAGACAGGAACGGGCGCGCGCUGAGGCGCAGGAGGUGGAGGAUCAGCAGGCGCGGGUCCUGGCGCAGCUGCUGCGGGCGUGGGGUUCCCCGCGCUCUUCGGAGCCGCCCUUGGCCCCAAACGAUGACCCUGACGCUCCUGCUGCACAGCUUGCACGGGCUCUGCUCCGAGCUCGCCUAGACCCGGCCGCCCUCGCUGCCCAGCUUGUUCCCGCGCCUGCCACUGCAAUGCGACCACGGCCCCCAGUGUACGACGAUGGCCCCACCGGCCCGGAUGUCGAGGACGUCGGCGGCGACGAGACUCCUGAUGUGGACCCGGAGCUGCUGAGGUACUUGCUGGGGCGGAUCCUCACCGGCAGUUCGGAGCCAGAGGCUGCUUCGGCCCCACGCCGCCUCCGCCGAGCCGCGGACCAGGAUUUGGGACCGGAGGUGCCUCCUGAGAAUGUGCUGGGGGCGCUGCUACGCGUCAAACGCCUGGAGAACCCCUUGCCCCAGGCGCCGGCACGCCGUCUCCUCCCUCCUUGAGCGUUGCAGCAUCCUGCCACGCCCUGUAACCCAGGAGCGCCCCAACCACCCUACUUCCUGCCAGCACGGCUGCUUACCCCGGCAACCCCGACAUUCCUAUCCCCUGAAGCCUCAAUAAAUGCGAUCUAUAGCAGA